CGCGCCGCCCAGAUUGGUGUUGAGCGGGCGCGCUGCUGCGCUGCCUGCUGCUGUGCUGUAUGCCGAUGUGCCAGCUCUUGCUGCCCUCGCACCUCCUGUGCGAGGGCACCCUUCUUCUGACGCUGCGCGCUGCGCCUGGCUGCAUCUGGCGCUGGCCGCCGCUGCGCCCUCUCGCCAUCGCCACCACCACCACCAGCCGUCUCCCACCGGCCAUCUUCAAGCCCCACCUCCACCUCUGCCGCACUCACUUGCGCAUCGUCAUGUCCCGCCCUGUGGGCACCAUCGACGGCGAGAAGAGCCGCGAGCAGGAGCUCGAGGCGCAGCUCGCGCACGUCGAGGAGCAGCUGGCGCUCGAGACGCGCCGCUCGGCCGAGCAGGCGGCUGCCAUUCGCGAUCUCAGCCAGACCGUCAAGAUGCAGAGCGACAUCAUCGAGAUGAUUCGUGCGGCACCGGCGCCCAUGGAGGUGGACGAGGUGCUCCAUGCGGUGCCUUCGCUGGCGGACCUGAAGUACAUGAAGGUGUGCGCCGGCCUGUACUCGUGCGAGCGCCUCUUGCAGAAGGCCGGCGUGGGCCUCGAGUGGGCCAAGCCUCUCGAGCAGGACCGCCGCCGGCGCUUCGACGCCGCCUGGCAGAGCCAUCCCGAGCUGAGCAGCCCGCAUGGUUCUCCUCCAGUUUGGCGACUAUCGUGCCCUGGACGUCGACCGCAACCCCAUCGUGCGCGCACGACUUAUGCAGCCGCCAAUGACAAGCAAGUCCCGCGAUUCGUAACCUGCCGGUCUCUCUCCUCUCUUGCAACACCGCCGUCUUCGACUGUCCCUGCACUGUCCUUCUCUGCCAUGUGCCUCUACAUCCCACUCCGUCUCGCUCCUCCCUUCGCCUCGUCAUCACGUCACGUUCUCCUCUCUGAUGCGCGCUUCCUCGAGCUGGCGGCCGGGGCCAACGCGGCUCUCCUCAGAUUCUCCGAGCUCGUCGCCAUCGGCUCGCAAUUGUCAUCCUCACUUCGACCGCAGCUGUGUCAAGGCUCUCUCACCCGUUUCGCACCCAUCAUUACCCUUCAAAAUGCAGCCACCACCGCUGCCGCCUCAAGACUCCCUCUACUUUCUCAUCCCCGACCGUCCCACCUGUCUCGCACUUCCCACCACGCCUUCUACCGUCGCGAACCCACUACUGUCUCAGCUAUGACGCACACGCCACAUCACGCAUCACGCGAGCUGCUGUCUCAAUCCACACGCCUCUCUGUGCGCGCGAGUGAGGGUGAGAGCUGACAUGGAAUUGCCACUUCUCGGAGAGCGGCGAGUUGCGGCUCGGAAAAGGACGGGCCGACGUCUGAGCGUCGAGGCGCUGCGUCGUGCUUUACUUCUGACG